GCUCAGCGGGGACUCUGAAUCCCACAACACUUUUUAUUACGGCCGUGAAAAACAUAUGAAGAAUUGAGUGAUGCCUCAGCCGGGAGCAGACUGCGCAGAGGCGGACUGAGCCCACUGCGACGCGUCUCUGUAGUUUCACGUUUCUCGAGUGCGUCUUCUUCCCCUCAAUCCACCUGCCUGAGCGCGCGUCGGGAUCUAGGAGCCCAUGGAGGAAUGUCGCGAUGCUGUGCACAAGGAGAACUAAAACUUUGGUGUCGACAUGCGUGAUCCUGAGCGGCAUGACCAACAUCGUUUGUCUCCUGUACGUCGGCUGGAUCACCAACUACGUGGCCAACAGUGGUCCCAAAGUUCCCGAGAGCGGCAGCGAGGCGGACAGAAAGUUGGAGGAGGACAGCAAAGGUGAAACACUGAGGAUUAUCGAAAGGUUGGACCGGCUGGAGAACGUCGUGAACGAGCACAUCAAAGACACCCCUCAGAAGGAUGGUGAAGAUGCAGCAUCUUCAUCAGACGGUGUCUCUAACCCCGCCUCUUCACUCUUCAGCCACUGGGGUCACGACCUGGGUCCAGAGAGUCGAAGGGUUGCCCUCAAGAAGUUCCGAUACUACGGAUACAACAGCUACCUUAGUGACCGCAUCUCCCUCACUCGGCCAAUUCCAGAUUUAAGGCCAGACGGAUGCAGAAACAUGUCCUAUUCAUCAGACCUUCCUCAGCUCAGCGUCAUCUUCAUCUUUGUAAAUGAGGCUUUGUCUGUGUUGUUACGCUCCAUCCACACAGUCAUUCAGAGGACUCCAGCUCAUCUGCUCAAAGAGAUCAUACUGGUGGACGACCACAGCACCAGCUUGGAGCUGAAGGAGCACCUGCAGAGCUUUGUGGAUGAGACCAACGCUCAACACGGCCCAGGAUUCAUCAAGGUAGUCCGCCAUGACAAGCAGGAAGGAUUGAUCCGGUCCAGAGUCAGUGGAUGGAGGGCAGCAUCUGCUCCUGUGGUCGCUCUGUUCGACGCACAUGUGGAGUUCAACACUGGAUGGGCAGAACCAAUUCUGCAGCGAAUAAAGGAGGACCGGACACGAGUGGUUUCACCUUCCUUUGACAACAUCAAGUACGACACCUUUGAGAUUGAAGAAUACCCUCUGUCUGCUCAGGGCUUUGACUGGGAGCUAUGGUGUCGAUACCUCAAUCCACCAAAGUCCUGGUGGACACAACGCAACCACACAGCCCCCAUCAGGAGCCCUGCUCUGAUCGGCUGCUUUGUGGUCGAUAGAAAAUACUUUGAGGAGAUUGGCCUGCUUGAUGAGGGCAUGGAAAUUUAUGGCGGAGAAAAUGUGGAGCUCGGCAUCAGGGUGUGGCAGUGUGGUGGCAGUGUGGAGGUCCUGCCCUGCUCCAGGAUCGCGCACAUCGAGCGUGCCCACAAACCCUACACAGAGAACCUGACGGCUCACGUGCGUCGCAACGCUCUGAGGGUGGCUGAGGUCUGGAUGGACCAGUACAAGAGUCACGUUUACAUGGCCUGGAAUGUUCCUCUGCAGAACUCAGGAAUAAACAUUGGGGACAUUUCCGAGAGAAAGGCCCUGCGGUCCAGACUUAAGUGUCGGCCAUUCAGCUGGUUCCUCUCCAACAUCUACCCAGAGCUGCGAUCUUAUAGCGACACAGUCGCUUAUGGAGUGUUGAAGAACAGCCUGAGAGACAACCUGUGUCUUGAUCAGGGACCUGACUCUGACAAUGUCCCCAUUAUGUACCUCUGUCAUGGAAUGACACCUCAGCAGAACGUGUACUACACCAGCUCCCAGCAGCUUCACCUAGGCGUGCUGAGUCCAACGAUCGAUGAUGAUGACAACAAGUGUCUGGUUGACGUCAACAGCAGACCCAGGCUGCUGGAGUGCAGCUAUGCAGCGACCAAGCACAUGAAGCUCACCUGGACGUUCACUCAGGGUGGAUCCAUCCAGAACAUCGAGUCUCAGCGUUGUCUGGAACUGGUGGAGAGUAGACAGUCAGAGUUGACUUUCCAGUUGUCCAUUCACGACUGCACAGGUCAGAAAUGGACCAUCACGAACAUAUUAACUGUGCUGCCACAGUGAACUCCACCACUCGCUCCCUGGAACAGCUUUUCUUUCUUGUGAUGGGCCAGCGAACAAGUUCAAGUGGGGAGCUAUAAUGAAUAUAAAAAAGUAUUGACGUUCCUAAAGAAAUAGACCAACAAAGACAAUGUUUUCAAAUAAAACGUUUUAGUGCUGGACCUUUUUUUUUUUUUUUUUUUAGAACUAGAAUCUUCACAGGAAAUUAUUUCAUUGGUAUCCUAUCACCAUUUUAUACCAGAGACCUGAGAGAGGAGACACCCACAGAUGGAGGCGACCCUUCAAUCAAAAUGAGAAAUGCAGUGGCUUGUUAAAUCAUGGAAGCAGUCUGGUUAUUGCUGGAGCAGGCCUGUGAUGGAUUUUGGGUCCCUGUCUGCACUUUAAGAUGGGGCCUGAACUCCCUCGGUGUCAUUGCACAAUCAGCAGAAACAGAUUGAGUGAGCUUGGUUCCAGUGUUUAUGUGCAGGUGGACAUGAUGGAAGCUGGGUGGCUGUGCUCAUUCCAGGAAAGUGGCUGAUUUGUCCCCAAAGUCUUAAAAUGAAGGCAAGGUACAAGUCAUUACUGUCACAUGCUAUUUGACUCAGAGUGAAGGGAACACAGGUGCUGUAAAUUUCCCCAGUAUCACAUAAAGGGUAGGAAGUGUGAUGGAGAGCAACCAAAUAGUGAUUUCAACCAGCGGUAAGACGGAAACUGGAUCCCUCAGAAGUUUCAGAGCAUGCUUUAGAAUUAAUUUGAUCUGAAUCAAAGCCAGGAAUAAAAGGAAGCAGUGUAUAUAUGUAUGCAUUUACAUUUAGAGCAGAGAAUUCUUCCAGAAAAGAUUUUCAACUUCCUACAAUCUUAUAACACCUGAGCACAAGAGUGAAUGUGAUACGGAUGCUGGUAACAGAAUGAGGAAUGCCUCAAUGACCAGUCUGAUUUCUCUAUCAGCUUAUCAGCCAGCAAAAACCAGGAGCCAUCCUCAGGAUUUAACUAAUACUGAGGCUAUGAGGGUUUUCCAGGAGUAAUAUGGUUGUUUAAAAAAUGAUCAAGCAACCAGAGGGUACUUAAAGAAACCACUCCAUACUUUAGUUUUUAUUUAUUUUGUGCUUUGAGCCCCUGAGCACAUGUCCAGAGUCCUGUCUGCUGCAGGUAAUAUCUGC